AGAUUCCCGCGCUUUGUGGCAAAUUUCAUGUAUUCCGAUCGAGUCUUUUACAAUUAUUACAAAUCAAAACUACUUUCCCUUUCACUGGCACAGCUGAAUUUGUUUUUCUCCGCACCUGCUUUGCUGUUAUUAUAUAACUAGUAUUUUUGAAAAUUAUAAAACAAUGGGAAAGCCUGCAGAAGAAACUGCUGCCAAGAAGAGCGAUGAAAACUACACCAGUGAGUUUGACUGGAUUCAAAUUAGGCAAAAAAUGGAAGAAAAUAUUCAAGACGAAACAUUCGUCGGCAAAUUCAAGAGGAAGUUUUCUGAAAACCCUCUCGUCCCCGCAGGAGCAUUUCUAACUCUGGGAGUUUUGUCGUACGGACUGUGGAACUUUCGACAGGGAAAAAGUCACAUGUCCCAAGUGAUGAUGCGGUGGAGAAUCGCAGCGCAGGGAUUCACAGUUUUCGCCCUCGUCGGUGGCAUGUUCGUGGCUGCCAAUUCCGCGACCAAACAGGGUGUUUUCAUGGAGCCCCCUGCUGUCAAGUAGGAAGAGUAAAAAGCAAUUUUGUUGGAAAUUAUUGCUUUUUGAUUCAGGGGCGUUUAUAUUUGUAAAUAAAGAGUUUAUUGAUUAUUAGGAUAAAUAAAUGUGCAAAAUGUGAAAUAAACAAAAAAAUUGGGAAAAAGCUAUAA